CCACCCGUAUGAACUAUGCCCAUUGACAGCCGCGGCUCUGCAGCGCCUGUGUGCAGCCAGCCGAGAAGGGAGGGAGUGAGCUCUGUACUGUGUGUGUGAGAGAGAGAGAGCGGCUCUUCUUCCUCCUCAACUCCCCCGGUGUAGUGUCAUCAGUGUGAUCGGAGCCUGGGGUGGUGUGCACGCCCCGCCCGGCAUUUCCUUAUUCUGCCCCCUCAUGAGGAGCGUAUGUCAGCGGACUGGCCGGGCUGUCACAGCGGAGCACGUCUGCGGAAGAGAGCCGACUACUACAGAGUGACAGAGUACCGAGUGACAGAGAACUAACAGUACUGAGGAACAGAACUGACUACCGAGUGACUGAGGAAGAACUAGUGGAGGAAAGUUCGGAGAGAGACAGAGAGGAGCGCCCAGCACACAGCCGACUGGGGUGUCUUGCAUACUUAAAAGGUCCCACAACUGAGAAAGAAACACGGCUCCAGAUCCCUAUUGCAAGCUUCCAAGAAGACAAGCUGCUGCUGUAUCAGAGGUUAUUUAUAAACCAUCAAACUUGUGGUUCUUGGCAGUCCAUCUGGCACUCUUUGAAGUGGUAGAGCUUUGAGACUCUGCUUACUGAACAAGGUUGUCUCUUGACUUGCGCUGUGCACCAUUCUGGAUUUUGAUGAAGAAAUCUCCUUUUUGUGCGAAAGUGGCAAUACCUUUGUAUACAUCCUUGUAAAGUUCCAGAGACGAGUACCUGUUGACCCUAACUGAACAUAGAUUUCGCAUCUAAAGAAGGCUCAGCAUGGGAAAACAAAACAGCAAACUGCGACCCGAGAUUCUGCAAGAUCUGCGGGAAAAUACAGAAUUCACCGACCAUGAGCUGCAGGAGUGGUACAAGGGUUUUUUGAAGGAUUGCCCCACCGGGCAUCUCACCGUAGAAGAGUUCAAGAAGAUCUAUGCAAACUUCUUUCCCUACGGUGAUGCGUCUAAGUUUGCCGAACAUGUAUUCCGCACCUUUGACACAAACGGAGAUGGGACGAUUGACUUUCGGGAAUUUAUAAUUGCGUUAAGUGUCACUUCUCGGGGGAAACUAGAACAGAAGCUGAAGUGGGCAUUUAGUAUGUAUGACCUGGAUGGAAAUGGAUAUAUAAGUCGUGGAGAGAUGUUAGAAAUUGUUCAGGCAAUAUACAAGAUGGUGUCAUCCGUGAUGAAAAUGCCAGAAGACGAAUCUACGCCAGAAAAGAGAACAGACAAAAUCUUUAAGCAGAUGGACACAAAUAAUGAUGGUAAACUUUCCCUUGAAGAAUUUAUUAAAGGUGCCAAGAGCGAUCCCUCAAUCGUGCGAUUGUUACAAUGUGAUCCAAGCAGCACAAGCCAGUUCUAAUUAUGCUCCAUGCGUACGGACAGCCGCAACCAAACACUGGCUUGUCAAUCAAGCUUUGCUUGCAAGUGAAUGCCUUCUCAGUCAUUCCUCUACUGUUAGCGGAUAUCCAUCCCCUGCCAGAUUGUUUUCUAUGUAUUAGAGAGAAAACAGCCUUGCUCCCCAUUCCAUUUACCAGUACACACGACAUUCCUUUCCUAUGUUGCAUCUGAUGUCAGGUAUGUUUACAUGUGGAGACGGGAACAUAUAAGAUUGAUGCACAGUCGUCGCCCGGAUUUUACGCACGUGGGAUUGUUCUGACAGUGAUGUCAUGACACUAUGCUGAACUUGGUUAUACUAAGAUAAAAUAGCUGUUUCACUUUGCAACAAAAGCCGGAAAGAAGAUGAGGACAUUACAAUGAAUGCAUUGAAAGCACAAAUACAAGAAUACAUAUUUUUUUCUUUUUUUUUUUUUUCUUUAAUUCUUAUUGCUUGAAAUUCUGUAACGUGUCAUUAUCCUGCUUAUGUAUGUACAGGCACACACCUAAUUAUAAUAUAUCACAGUAUAUAUGAUAAUUAAAGGGUCAACUCAAAAUUAA